GAUCUUGGAGUUCAACUAAACUUGUAUUUUUCACUUCUGCAAAAUGGAAAAGUUGACAGUUAUGUUACUUCUUGCAUCAGCCGUUGGAGCCAAUGCAGCUUCCUUUCCAUUCAUCCUCAAUGAGUUGUUGCGCAUAGACUGCGGAGUGAAGGGCAAAACAACCGAAACUUACAAUAACCAGACAUGGUAUCCCGACAGCUUCUUCAUAGAUCCAGGCAAAACCAAGCAAAUCACUUCAUCGCCCAAUGUCCCUCAAGUCAUGACCACAUUACGAUACUUCCCAAACGGAGAAGCCAAGAACUGCUACAGAUUGCCACUUACCAACACAAAGAAAUUCAUAUUCCGUGCAGGCUUUUACUACGGCAAUUACGACGGCAAAUCGCAGCCUCCGGUUUUCGACCUCUCACUCGGCGGCCAGCCAUGGGCGACGGUUAACUCAUCGGCGACGGCGGAUGUGCCUGAUGUCCACGAGCUGAUAUAUGCACCCAGGAACGAUAACAUAUCAGUGUGCUUGAUGGGGAGGAAAGAAUAUGGUAGUGCCACGCCUUUCAUUUCUUCUCUGGAAGCAACUUAUCUGGAUGAGACUGAGACGGCUAACAAGACUGUGUAUGGAAUGAUGAGAAACGGGACGGCUUAUCAUCUUGUUGCCAGGCUCAACUUUGGGGGUUAUGAUCAAGUGAUAGAGCCGUGGUCAGGCUGGUCAGAUACCUGCGAAGAACAGCUAAACCGUUACUGGACACCACAACCGAUGCCUGGCUACACAAACCUGACCUUUGUCCCCACCACUUGCACCGGGACAGCCUACGAAAACGGGCCUCCUAACUCCGUCAUCAACACAGCAAUAUCCCCAACAAAUGCUUCACAGUCAAUCUACGUUCCCGUCAACUUUCCUGCCGCCACUCCUCAAUCUGCCUACAUAGUACUGUACUUCUACCAAGAUCUUGGACCCGACAACGUAAAUGCUACGCGGAAUAUGGAUGUUUACGUCGACGGUGUCAUGACGAAAAAUGUUAAGCUUCAAAAGUAUAGAUCAGGUGAAGUGGUGACGUUGUAUCCGGUUCUGGUCCAGGGCACGGCGAACGUGACGAUUUCUCCGGCGAACGGGACGGUGUUGCCGCCGUUGCUGAAUGGCAUGGAAGUUUUCUAUGCAACUGAACUGGCGGAGGAAGCUAGUAGUUCUAACGGAGUCUUUAAGAUUUCGUAUUCUGUGAUUGUGGUUGGGGUUUGUCAGCUCUUCGUGAUUCUGUUUCUUGGUUUGGUGUAGGUGUUUGGUGUGUUUGUGGGGAUGGAUUGUUAUUUCUGUUGGUUCUUGAUUUCACUUUCCAAAAAUAUUUUAUUUAAUAUAUAUAAAU